AGUUUCGGCACAUACGUUUUACGUGAGACCACGCUGAUUAUAUUUGAAAAGUUCCACUGAAAAUUUAUAUAUGAGAAACGCCUUCGUGCCGUUUUUAAUGAAGUUACUAUAUUCCAUCUGUGAUAUUCGAGUGUUUGAAGUUUAGUGGAGCCAGUAGAAGUGUGUCAAUAAAUCAUGUUCAAUCAUACGAGCAGUUCAUAUAAAGUGAACUCUGUGAGCUACAAAAUAAGGAAUGAUGAUUCGAGGAGAAAUGUUAACAUAAAGCGGCGGGGAGGUAUGUGGGGCGGGGGUGCGCAGUGCGUGCACGCAUCGCUACCGCGCGGCGCGCGCGCUCAACCAGCGCCUACGCUCAGUGGCGCAAUCGCUAGCCGCCGCCCUCCCCGGCCCACUCCUCCUUCUCCGACGUUGGUGGCACAGGUCGACUCGUCAGUUGCCUGCCUCUGGCUGUUAACUCCUCUGUCAGCUGGCACAGCAGUCGUAGCUGUAUUGGUCGCCGUCUCAACUAACAAUUGGUUGCACACUGAAGAGAAUAUGCUGAACCCAUCCUUCAAUGGUACUGGGAAACACGGGCUAGUCGCGAAACACACAGUCUCUGGCUUGUGGAGGAUAUGUCAUACAGACCCGGGAAGUACGGUGUACCGGUGUUGGGACAUUCCAUACUUUCCAUUAUCGCAAUACGCACCAGAUACAAGUGAUUCCACCAAUGCCAUACCUUAUGUGGUGACAAGAUCAGCUGCUCCUCUCCUGCUAGCGGUGCUGACGCAAGCAGUUGCCGCUUUUUGCUGUGUCCUUGGACAUUGCGUAAAGGGUCGAAGACUUUGUACGUUCAUCGCUGGAGUUCUCUUUAUUAUAUCUGGUCUCAUCAUGCUGACUGGAAUCGUCAUGUACAUAUCUGUAUUUAAGCAACAAGUGGGUCACAAGCUACGAUACAUGACUCUAUUCGAUGCGCCCAGAAUGUCCUAUAGUUAUGGAUAUUCCUUUGGUCUUUACAUAAGUGGUUUCAUCGCAGUAGAAUUGGCGGGCACGUCGGCUAUAUUCCUCUUCCUACAAUGGUACCAAAAAGACUGGAUAACUGAGCUAACGGAGAAAGCGAAAGCAGACUGUCGCGCUUGGGAUCGGGAGUAUGCAUUCACAGAUUUCAGAGAAACCGAUUCAACUUUAUUAGAAAGGCGAAUGAUGAAGAGGGACACCUAUCCUCCCACCGGUUCAUCAGCUGCGACUCCACAUGAAAGAAGGAGGUUUGUAUUCGACGGUGACGAUAUGCCCCAUUGUUCGAUACAUAAAAACAGAAGAAUAAAUCUUAGUUCAGCUUCGCUAAAGGACCUUUCAUCUUCUACAUUGUACGGGUUCCCGGCAGCGCCUAGGCCCACUGCUUGUGACAAUUACUUCGAAGAGUUCAAAGAGGUUCCUCAAAGCGCGAACACUCUGAGUGGAUUAAGGAGUGCUUCGAUAUUCCAAUCACAGGCAUCAGUCGCCAGUGGAAGAUUCUUGGAUACAUCUGCUGUUGAACCUCCGCCGUCUAGAGAGGAGGAAUUGGUAACAUUCGGUGCAGGAGCCAGAGUACCUGCUACUAACGAAGAAAAGAAUCCUCCACGACACGAUCGCGCUGUGGGUACCGAUCCUUAUCGACGCACCACACCAGUCUGAUCCAAAACCUCCUUGGGUCAUCCCAAACAUUUAUAAAGCAUAUCUUGAAGUGAUAAAAGUGAUAUUGCUGUUUCACGUACUGUUUACACCUAGACAUAAUUUAUAUUGACUAAAUAAUUGUACGUAGCCAGUUAUGGGUAACGGUUAAGAAGUGUCUUUCGAAUUUAUGAACGUACAGAGCAUACGUGACUUGUGUUAUUUAUUACGAAAAUUUUUAAUUGUUACAUUUCCUUAUAAUAAACACUUCCAUUUG